AUGGCCGGGGCAGCUCCUGGUCUUGGUGGCUGUGAGGCUGCACCAGCACCUCUUGCAAACCUCAUCAUGGUGGAGGCCAUUCCAGGGAGCAGCACAGGACCUGGAGCUGCAGGCAGACAGCAUUUGGCAGCAGCAUGUGGAAGCCAUCUCAGGAAGCAGCACCAGAGGCUGGAACCUCUGCAGGCAGACAGCAUUCGGCAGCAGCAUGGCAGGAUCAGUGCUGCCCCUCUGUCUGCUGCUCUCUGCCACUCUGCAUGGCAGUUUCCCCGAUGCCCCAGGGCUCACUACCCGCAGUCUCCCUCUGCUGCGACGGCUGCGGCGGCUGGAGGAGCAGGUGGGUGCUGGGCAGCCUGGGGGGUGCAGCACAGCAGGGCCCAUCCCUGUGACGUCCUUCACACCACUCCAUUGCAGUUUCGCUGGUUCCAGGAGGUGACGCUGAGCCAUCUCCAGAGCAUCGCCAGGAACUACAACAUCUCCUACAAUAUCGACAGCCGCUUUCGGUCACUGGCAGAGCAGGCAGAGGCGGCUGAUGCAGCUCGGGCUGCCCUGGGCUCUGAGCUGGCCCGCCUGGCUCUUGUCAGCCGGCAGCUGCAGCGCAGAGUAAGGAGGCUGGAAAGGCGAGCCCCGAGCCCCCGUGCUGAGCCACGAAGCCUGUGGGAUGCACUGCACAGCCAGCAGGAGCUGCAGCAUUCGGUGUCCCUCAGAACUCUCAGCUCUCGGCCCCUCAAGGUGAGGCAGCAGCAGCGUCAGUGGGAGCAAAGGCAACGGGUGCUGGUGGAGACUGGACCCAGUAGAAUGCCAGGGGAGGAUGCCAAGCCCCUUGGUGACACCAAAGCUGUCACAGCAGCGCUGCCCACUUCAGCAUCUGGCCCCCAGGAGCAGCUUCUGGUCCUCCAACAGCUGGAGCCAGGUGGGUUGCUGCUUUCCCUCUCCAGUGUGCAGUGUGGGCUCCGUGCUGCUGUUCUGCAACACCUCAGCCAGCAGCAGUGCUGUGCUCCAGCCGAGGCUGCACGUGGGCUGUGGGAGCUGUCAUUCUGCACCUGGCUGCUCACCCCGGCCCCUCACCUCGGCACUGUCCUGUCCUACACCAGCGAGGCCAAGGGCAGCAAGCUGGCUCUGCACGGGGACCACCCUGGGUCUGCAUGUUUUGUCAUUGGGGACACAGAGUUUCGGCAGCUCUCAGUCACACCACUCCUGGAUGGCAAGUGGCACCACCUCUGCCUCACCUGGUCAUCCAGCCAUGGCCAGUACCGUUUCUAUGUGGACAGGAGGCUGCUGGCUGCCGGCUCUGGCUUCCAGCAGGGCUAUGAAGUUCCCGCUGGGGGCUCACUGGUGCUGGGCCAGCAGCAAUCCCGCAGUGGGGACUUUGUGCCCUUUCUGGGCCAGCUGGCCGGCCUGGCCCUCUGGAGCAGGGUUCUGCUGCCUGGGGAGGUGGCCAGCAUGGCAACUGGGCAGGGGCUGCCCCAUGGGCCCCUCCUGACGCUGGCUAAUGCCACCCUGCAGGGUGAGGUGCGCAGGGGGAGGUGUGCCUGCCUCCAGAACUGCCCAUGAUGGCUGAGGGAAAGUGCUGGCUCCUAGUGUUCAUGGUGGCUUGUAGUGCCUGGGCAGUGUGAGCUGCAUCCCCUGGGUGAUGGGACACAGACAGCAGGCUGCCUCACAGCCAGAUGUCACUGAGGGGUGGUUGUGUUCCUGGGGAGCUGUGGGCAGGCCGUGGGGGCCACCAGGCAGAAGUCUGCUCCUCCACAUCUCCAGCUCCUGCCCCCAAGAGCACAUACAGCCCUAUUAUUCCUAUUAAAGUGCUUCAGAGAGAGAGGAAAUGGCAUCUAUUUUUGGUCUUGCUUUUCACUGCAGCACUCGGUGCCGCUCACAGCCCUGCUGGGUGCAGCAUCCCACAGCGAGCUGUACAGAAUUCAGUUUCAGGCGGGUUUUAACGUACAACGGCGCUCUCGGCAACCCGCACGGCUCCCAGGUGCUCGGGCUCUCCUCGCCGUGCUGUCGUGCUCAUGCGGCGCAGCGCCACGCCGGGUGACAGCCGGGUGCCGGCCGCCAGCAUCUGCCACUGAGUCACAAGCGGGGAGGUUGGGGCACGGAAACGCCCGUGCGCCGCGAUGACCUAGAGCC